AUGGCAACCCCCCGAGGCCGUCUCCAAGGCAAGAAUGCCAUCAUCACCGGCGCCGCUGGCGGCAUUGGGCUUGAAACUAGUAUCCUCUUUGCCCGCGAAGGCGCCAACGUCCUCAUGGCCGAUAUCUCCGUCCCAGCUCUCGAGAAAGCCCUCGCCAAGGUGAAGGAGCUCGUCCCUAGCGCCCCCCGCGUCGAGACAAUCAAGUGCGACGUCUCCAAGGAGUCCGAUGUGCAAGCCAUGAUCGAGUCACAGGAUAGCUGGGGUGGUACGGACGUCAUCUUCAACAACGCCGGUAUUAUGCAUGCCGACGACGCGGACGCCGUCGACACUCCCGAGAAGAUCUGGGACUUGACGCACAACAUCAACGUAAAGGGUGUAUGGUUCGGGUGCAAGCAUGCUGUGCUGUCGUUGAGACGGCACAAGAAGAGUCGCGGCAGUAUCAUCAACACGGCCAGUGUGGUUGCGCUUGUCGGUAGUGCAACGCCGCAGUUGGCAUACACCGCUAGCAAGGGAGCUGUUUUGGCGUUGACGAGGGAAUUGGCGAUUGUGCAUGCGCGCGAGGGAUUCAGGUUCAAUGCGUUGUGUCCUGCGCCGUUGAACACUCCUCUCCUGCAAGACUGGCUCGGCGACGACCAGGCCAAGCGCCACCGGCGUGAGGUGCAUUUCCCUACCGGACGUUUUGGCGAGGCUAUUGAGCAGGCGCAUGCGGUCGUUUUUCUAGCUAGUGAUGAGAGCAGCUUCGUUAACGGCUCGGACUUUGUUGUUGAUGGUGGUAUGACCAAGGCCUACGUGACACCCGAAGGUCCGGCGCCUGCUGCUCCCCAGAACCAGGGCAGUUGA